AUGGCUCAUUUUGUGCCAUGUGCAAAAGUGGAUGAUGCCAAGAAUAUCGCCAACUUAUUCUUCAAAGAAGUUGUGCGUUUGCAUGCGAUCACACCCUUAGAUCUCGUGGCAAUUCCAAACAAAGAGGUUGUCAACUUAGAUGGAGAAGCAAAAGCCGAACUUGUCAAGAAACUCCAUCGGAGAGUUCGAGACAACAUUGCCCAUAGAACCGAACAAUAUACUCGCAAUGCCAACAAAGGACGAAAAGAGGUAACAUUCAAGGAAGGUGAUGACAUUUCGAGGACGAAAUCUUUUCAAGAGGGAGGGAAUGAUGCGGACAUCAUAGCUAUUGGUGAUGCAUUGGACAAGAGCAUGGAUGGGAGCAUGGACGAAAGUAAUGGAGCACAUCAAGAUAAGGAAGCCCAGCAAGAAGGAGCACAGUGUGAGGAUGAACUGUCAGAAUAUGAGGAGCCACUGAGAAGGCGAGUUCAUCCGCGGCCAAGAGAUAGGCCUAAUCGAUUGCCGGAUGAAAUUGAUGAUGAUGAUGAUGGUUAUGGACAAAACCAUCAACGCCAAAUUCGAGGCCAAGGGGCUGAUCUUAAACUUAAACCUCCCUUGUUCAUGGGAAAAGUAGAUCCCGAAGCCUACCUAGAUUGGGAGCGCCGAAUGGACAACAUCUUUGAGUGCUAUUCGUAUUCGGAUCGAAGGAAGGUCCAAUACGCAGCUGCUCAAUUGGCGGAGAAUGCCCUCACAUGGUGGGAUCGUGAGGUGACCGAGAGGAGGCAAACUCGUUAUGAGCCUAUAGAGACGUGGUGUGAGAUGAAAGCUCUCAUGCGUAAGCGUUAUGUUCCGCCUCACUUUCACCGAGACCUUCAAAGAAGGUACAGAAGGAUUGCACAAGGAACUAGGACGGUGGAAGAAUAUUUUGAGGAGUUUGAACAUCUUAGAAGCCGUCUAGAGCUCGAUGAGGAUGAGGAGACGGUUAUGGCCCAGUUUUUGGAUGGCCUCCAAGAACGGGUUGCUCGAAAGGUUGAGCGACAACCAUACCGAGACCUCCAAGAGCUUUUACACUUAGCCAUACAAGUGGAACAACAAACCCAAAGGAAAAACACAAGGCUAAGUAAGUUUAGAUCCCAAACUAGCAACCCAACACCACUUCCUAAACCCUCGACUGGAACUAGGCGUGAGAUACAAGAGGUUAGGAACCCACGUGAUCAGCGGGACAAAGGAAAAUCCCCUGAAAAAUCACGAGCUCCAAGGCCACUUGGAGAAGUUCCAGGUGACACUCGCGCUAGAGAAAUUAUAUGUUAUAAGUGUCGAGGACGUGGACACAUGGCUCGAGAUUGUCCGAACUCUAGAGUUAUGAUACUAAUGGACAAUGGGGAAUACGAGUCCAUGGAUGAGGAAGAAGCGGGGGAUCUCGAGGAAGAGGUUGAGUACCCCGAUAGUGGAGAACUCUUAGUGACAAGACGAGUUCUUAGCACCAUGGUAAACCCGGAAGAAACGACCCAACGAGAGAUAAUUUUUCAUACCCGUUGCACUGUCCAAGGAAAGAUCUGUGGGCUGAUCAUUGACAGUGGGUCGUGCACCAAUGUUGCAAGUGCUUAUAUGGUUAAAAAGCUCGGACUACAACCCGAGAAACACCCACAUCCCUAUAAGCUGCAAUGGCUUAACAAUCAAGGGGAGAUCAAGGUUUCCGAACGAGUUAAGAUUCCUUUUAGUAUUGGGCGUUAUCAAGAUGAGGUCUUGUGCGACAUUGUUCCUAUGCAAGCUGGACAUAUGCUGCUAGGACGCCCUUGGCAAUUUGAUCGAGAGAUAACACAUGAUGGUCGAGCCAACCAAUACUCGUUCGUCCACAACAAAAAGAAAGUUGUGCUAGCACCUCUUAGCCCAUCUCAAGUGCAUGAGAUGCAACUUAAGCUAGCCAAAGAAUCUGAGCCGAAGAAAGGAAACUUCUAUCUCAAGGCUAGUCAAGUUGGUAAAGCUAUUAGACAAGAUCGAAUGGUGCUACUCAUGGUCUUCAAGGAUCUUAUGAGUAUUAGCGCAGUGGCACCUCACUCUAGUCCAGUUAUCACUCAGCUUCUCGAACAGUUUAGUGAUGUAUUUCCCAAAGAGAUUCCGUCUGGACUACCGCCCAUUCGAGGCAUAGAGCAUCAGAUAGAUCUUGUUCCUGGAGCACCCCUACCCAACAGACCCGCUUACCGAAUGAACCCCGAGGAAACAAAAGAGCUCGGAAAGCAAAUUCAAGAGCUUAUGAGCAAGGGUUACAUUCGAGAGAGCCUUAGUCCUUGCGCAGUCCCGGUGCUAUUAGUGCCAAAGAAAGACGGGACUUGGCGUAUGUGUGUGGAUUGCCGAGCCAUUAAUAACAUCACGGUCAAAUAUAGGCAUCCCAUACCUCGGUUGGAUGACAUGCUUGAUGAGCUUAGUGGAGCCACGAUCUUUUCCAAGAUCGACCUUAAGAGUGGCUAUCAUCAAGUAAGGAUGAGGGAAGGCGAUGAGUGGAAAACUGCCUUCAAGACUAAGCAAGGCUUGUAUGAGUGGCUUGUGAUGCCAUUUGGGCUAACUAAUGCCCCAAGCACUUUCAUGAGGCUCAUGAACCAUAUAUUGCGAGCCUUCAUCGGAACAUUUGUGGUGGUAUACUUUGACGACAUACUUGUCUUUAGCCGAAGUGAAGAAGAACAUGCUACCCACCUAGAGCAAGUAUUGUGCACCCUUCGGAAGGAGAGCCUUUAUGCGAACCUAAAGAAAUGUUCGUUUUGCACCGAUGAGAUAGUCUUCUUAGGUUUCGUGGUAAGCUCUAAGGGGUUGCGAGUUGAUGAGGAAAAGAUAAAGGCUAUAAAAGAAUGGCCGACCCCUACCACCAUUGGACACGUGAGGAGUUUCCAUGGAUUGGCAAGCUUCUAUCGCCGAUUCGUGAAGGAUUUUAGUAGCAUUGCCGCUCCACUCACUGCGGUCAUCAAGAAAGACGUGCCUUUCGAGUGGGGAGAGGCUCAAGAGAAAGCAUUUCUUGCUCUUAAGGACAGCCUCACGAGAGAAGAAAGCUAA